AUAUAAAAUAUUUUUUAGUUUAAGAUAUAAACUUAGCCUUGCUGGGAAUAGAGCUAAGUACAAAUUAAUGUAUAAUUGAAUGUUAACUCAUUACAUGCUAUAUCCAGGCCAGAAUUUCUAUGUCACUCUGUUUGGCCUGAAAUCGAACGAAGGUACAAUUGAAUUGUCCAACGGUGUAGACUGGCAUAUACUGUGUUCGGAUGGUUGGGAUGAUGCAGAUGCUGCUGUGGCCUGUCGUAUGUUAGGCCAUUCAGGGAAUGGAGCGAGAGCAAUGUCUAAUACCAUUAUUACUGGCCAAGCACAUACUAUUUGGUGGUUUCAGUUUCAUUGCAAAGGUGAUGAAAAUGUGUUAUCCGAAUGCGAAAUCAGCUACCUGUCUUCACUAACAUGCAAAAGAGCUGGAGUCCAUUGUUCUGAAGAAAAGGUUGUUCCAGAUUUCUUUCUAAAAGCAACAAGAAAAGGAAUAUCGAAGACGAACCCUUUUACAAUGAGUGGCUAUGUCAACUUGAAUAACCCGUGUAGAAAUGAUUUCAACAAAGAUGUGGUAUAUGAUUCUGUUUACGACCAGUUCAUGUACUUCAAAUCCGGAUCACUUUUUGGAUGCAGAUGGGACGAUAAAGAUGUAGAGAUUCGUAAAAACACUAGCGUGUUGAGUUAUCCGGCCCUGGAUUCAGAUGAUCGACUUUUGUUUGGCUAUUUAGACAAUGACAUAGUAUCCCUGAGAUUAGAUGAUGCCGCCUCUGAAUUUGUGGUUGUAGUUCCUGGAACAAGCGUUGGAACAGAACUGGUUCUAGAUACAGAACGGAAUGAAAUUUAUUGGUGGAGACCGUAUUUUCACAACGUCAUAAAACGAGUUCGUUACAAUGGAGAUGCAGAGAUAGAUUUUUGGAGAUCAUCCAGCUAUUUCAAAAUGUUCACUUUUAACGGUGACAAUAUAUUCAGUAUUGAUUCGCGUUAUCGGGGAAUUACCAGGAUUCAUCACAACACAACUGUUGCUGACGUCUUGUACUCGCACUAUGGUGUAAUGGAUGACUGCGGUAAGCUGUAUGCAGAUCAUGAAUGGAUUUACUGUAUAGGAUAUAAAAAUAUGAAUAUACUGCGGUUACAGAAGGAUGGAAAGGGAAGUAGUUCCUAUGGUCAAUCGGAGUCGGGUAUUCUCUACCACUACAGUCCAAAAUCAUCAUGUAAGACUUUAUUCUGUUCAUGCUUACGCUACAAACCUGUAUAUCACACGUCUUCAUUUCCUUUAUUUUGUUCCCAUUAUUCAUAAAUGAUAUUGCCUGAGCCGUUUCGCCUUCAGAACUUUCAGAAGCCAUUUAUAUGUUAUACACCCAACUAAGUCCCAGUAAUGUUUGACAAUCAAUAGACAUGGACUCAGUGCACAAAUGGUGCUCUCAAGUGUGUUGUAAAAAAGGAAAAGGACGGAGGGAUUUUUCCGUUUCAUUGUGAAAAAAUCCAGCAAUAACAUUUUAACUGUCGUUAAAGAAAGACACCUUAUGCAUCCUUAUGUAUUCACUAUGACAACUAGCCUUCACAACAGAAAUUGUACAAAUAUUUCAAUUUGAAAUAUAUUAACAUUAUUACAAAAUAUGACCUCAUAUUUUCUGGGUUCCCAGCGAUGUGGGAGUAUUGGGUAAUGCAAACCGCGAAAGCAGCUUUAUUGCUACCACGUGUGGAUUCUAAAUUUCAUUUUACUGAUUUUAAAGCAAUUGUAACAAUGUUUUGAGGAUCACAUUGGCAAAAUCCCUGGAAUCAAUACAUAGACAGUAAAUUACAUUCUGCAAAGCAUUAUUUGGUGAAUGGCAUCCUAACUACAAAGUAGUCGCCCGAACAAAGGAGGCGCCGAGUCCAACAAUUACUGUCUCUACAAGUUCUCUGAAAGUUGUUUUUCUUUUUGAAAACAUAUGAGUCUCCAUAACCAUUUCUAAUCAAGUUGACGUUUGUCUUUUAACUUUGUUUGAUGUCAUUUUUCAUUUUGCAUUUGUUUUUGUCGACCAUUAAUUGGCCUCUAUGACCUCCCCCUUGUUGAUGGACCGUGAAGUAUAUUAUAAUAAUGUUAACAAAAACAGGAAAAGAAGUACGUGUCUUAACGCAUGCUACCCUCGGUAUUGGUAUGUUAUGUGUCUUUAACAACCAUUCCGUAAAUCACUUCCACCCUUGAUCCAUUAGCAAAGAUAAGAGUAACUAUUACAUGGUUUUUGUAGAGUCUGUUUACCGUUAUCUGUUACAAGCUGUUAUUGAUAUACAUUUUCUGCAAUAAACAUACUAAAUCGACUUACAAUGAGGUAAGACAAAUGGAACCAUAUAAGGAUAUACUCCUGGGGUAAGUACGUGUGAUUGUGGGUCUGCAAGAUAGACUAGAGGGAGCCCUGUGAUAGGUGAGUACACAUCCAUCGCAAUCAGGUAUAAUGUGUUUGUUCUUGUGAUCUUGUUGACAUGUCAUGGUGUUUCAUUUUGUCGUCACUUAUAUACAUUAUACCAAGAGGAGGAAUUUUAACCCAAGUAGUACAUAACAGACUGUUAGUAAAACGUCAACAAGUUUGUAAAUAAAUCUUUGGUUUCCUGUUUAACAAUAACUCAGAAAAAUGUAUAUUUGAUGUAUUAAAUACAUGAAAAGAAAUUGUUGACAAAAUGAUGUUUUAAACAGAUUUAUUGUAAUUUCAAUGAUUUAAGCAUAUUAAAAGGCAAUAUUGUGAAUUACAAGCGUAAAAACAAUGUGAAAGAAUACACAAUAAUAUUAAUACUCUGUAAAUUGUAUUACGUUAUCUGUCGGCGACAUGAACUGGUUGAGAAUGACAAAGAUACGGGUACAGAGACUUAAAUAAUCCGAAGACUCACUGAUUUCAACGCUCUACGCUCCUGUUUUUUUGGUUUGUAUAAUUUAAAUAUUUACAUUAAUUUUGCAUUUUAUCUUAAUUCCUCCGGAAACGGUUUACAUUUUAGACAUUAAUGACGUCAUUGAAUUACUACGUGAUCAAUAACACUUACUACAGAUCAUGUACAAUAUCGAUUUUCAAUCAAAAUGAUCUAUUAUAACAAUGAAAUACAAAAGCGUUAAAAAACAGUAUUCCAACGCAUACAUAUGCGAACAUACAAUACGUUUUCUGAAUUGUUAAGGGUUUUAACAUCUUCAAAGACGAUAAAAUCGCACAGAGACGUUUUCAACGUUGUCAGCAGAUGGCUCGAGCACAUCUUACUGAAAUGUUGUAACCUGGACAUGGCAACACAACCCUAUCUGGUACGCAUAGUUAUGAUUGAUAUCAUUAAGAAAAAGAAACCAUGUGAAAUGUUUGAGAUGCAGUAAAACUGUCUGAACGGAAUAAUGCAGCUUACCACCAAAACAACUGUUUAAUUGGUGGUUUAGUAAAAAUAAUAAUCAUAUCAAAUUAACGAUACAAACUUCCAUACAGCAGCGCAAUAACGCCUACUAAAAUGGCGAAGCUCAAACCUCUAGUCAUGUCAGAUUGUUUCACUUUUCUUCUUAGAUGCUGUGGUGCUUUGUAUGAAGGACUGUAAGCUGUCCCGGACAGUUCUGCACUGGAGACGGAGCCGGGCCGGAGUUGAUGUAAUAUUUCCGUUGCUGCACGUAUCCCGGCCUGGACCCCGCCGGACAUGUACCCAUCCCAUUCUAUGGCGCCAUCAGCGCCGGCAAAGUG